UGAGGCAAUGAGGCUGUUAACCAGCAACGUCCUGGGGCAGGGGCCUUAGAGGCUAGGUGAUCCCUUACUCAGCGGAGAUGAUCAGGAAGGUCCUGGGGCAGGGGCCUUAGAGGCUAGGUGAUCCUUACUCAGCGGAGAUGAUCAGGGACAGCUUCCGAGAGCCGGCUGGAACUUAACCGCUAGUUCAGGAUCCAGCAAGAAGUCGGGGGGCUGGCCCCUCAGCACCACCAGGCAGGGGCGCCGGGUGUCAACCGGACGGGCUCACCCGGAACCCGCGGGCCGAGUCGCAGGAAGAGGCGGGGUUGGCUGGAAACGUAAAAGGAGGGCGGAGGCUUCGUGCUUCCCUGGAGUUCCGCGGCCACUUGGACUUGGUCUUAGUGGGCUGCUGCACAUAGCAUGGCAGACGACGCAGGUGCUGCUGAGGCCCAGGGGGACCAAUGGUCACCCACCCAGUCCAUGGACAGAAUGCUGAGGUUGCCACUUCCACCACCGCAGAUUCGCACCCGGCCGUGGUGGUUUCCUGUGCAGGAACUGAGAGACCCACUGGUGUUUUAUCUCGAGGCGUGGCUGGCCGACUCCAUCUUCGGCCCAGACCGAGCCAUCAUUCCAGAAAUAGAGUGGAUGAGCCAAGUCCUGCUGACGGUGGACAUCGUUAAGUCUGGGGACUUGGUUGAAAUCACCAUCUACGGACAGCCCCGUGUACAGAAUCGAGUGAAGAGUGUGCUCCUGAGCCUGGCAAACUGGCACCGGAAACAUCGUGCCCGAGCUGAGAAGAUGAAACAACUUGAGGAGUUCUUGAAGGCCCAUGCAUCAGGUCCCCAGACUCCUGAACAUCGUGUUGCAUAAGUAUUUUCAGGAGCAUUGUGAGAACAGUCCUGCUCCUGCCGCUAAAGUUCAAGAGAAGCACGUAUGCAUAAAUCUUUGCGUUUUUUCCUGUGUCUUGAUGGGUAAUGCUUUGAUUAUGAUAAUGUGAAAGUCAGUUUGUAGUGCCAUUCUAAUAAAUAACUGAAUCUCCUUUUUGUCCAAUGCUAUAAAGGUCUUUGCUCAUGUAAAACUAAGCAAAUAUAUAAAAGAUUGACUCA